UCAAAAUUAACCUUAUUGACGCAAUUAAGUUAAAAAUCAACGGAAACAUCAAAAGUCUCUUCAUUAACCUUUUGAUGCCAACUUCAGAGUUGUACUGUCGUCAAUUGCGUAAGUCUGAAAAUGAUGGGUUGCUGACAGAUCUCGCCCUUACAUUGUUGUCGUUUUCAACUCAAUACGAUUACGGUGAUGCUAAUUAUGAUGACGAUGCUUUGAUCGAAAUUUUGUGCACAAUGUCAAAUUCAAACAUAAGAAAAAUUUGCGCAACUUAUCAGCAAAUAUUUAGUAAAAGACUUGAUCAAGAAAUUCGUGAGGGAAAAACUGGAAAUUAUAAGAAACUUCUCCUAAUCUUAUCAGAAGGUAAUCGUGAUGAAUCGAUAAGUUGUGAUCCACAAUCAGCAAAGAACCAAGCAAUAGUUUUGGAGAAAAAGUUGUCUCAAAGUUUUACUGAUGAAAAAACAAUUAUUGAAAUGCUGGCGAAGAAAAGCUUUCGACAGAUCAAUUUGAUCAGUGAAGAAUAUCGAAAACGCACAGGAAAUUUACUUGAGAAAGAUAUCAAGAAAAGGAUGAGUGCCAAACUUAAAGAUGCACUCGUUGCUAUUGUCAGAGCUUCAAAAAAUAUCGCAGAGUUCUAUGCACGACGAAUAAACAAAUCAAUUAAUUACUUCAAUCUUGAUCACCACAAUUUGGGACGACUGAUCGUUGCUAGAUGUGAAAUCGAUUUGAUGAACAUUCAAGAUGAAUUUAAGUUUAUUUUCAGAGAAUCACUUCAAUCUCGAAUGGAAACUAUCACGUCGGGAAAUUACAAACAUGCUUUACUCACAUUGUUAAAUGCAUAA